GCUGAGAGUUUCAAGCCGUCCCCGACUCCUUCCUCCCCCUUCCCUCCCCCUUUUUUGUUUUCCGUUCCCCUUCCCCCUCCCUUCCCCGUCCCCGACGACCGGAUCCUGAGGAGGCAGCAGCUGGUGGCAGCUGCUGAGUUCUCGGUGAAGAUUCUUCGUUGUCAAGCCGCCAAAGUGGAGAGUGCGAUUGCAGAAGGGGGUGCUUCUCGUUUCAGUGCUUCUUCGGGCGGAGGAGGAAGUAGGGGUGCACCUCAGCACUAUCCCAAGACUGCUGGCAACAGCGAGUUCCUGGGGAAAACCCCAGGGCAAAACGCUCAGAAAUGGAUUCCUGCACGAAGCACUAGACGAGAUGACAACUCCGCAGCAAACAACUCCGCAAAUGAAAAAGAACGACAUGAUGCAAUCUUCAGGAAAGUAAGAGGCAUACUCAAUAAGCUUACUCCUGAAAAGUUUGACAAGCUAUGCCUUGAGCUCCUCAAUGUGGGUGUAGAGUCUAAACUCAUCCUUAAAGGGGUCAUACUGCUGAUUGUGGACAAAGCCCUAGAAGAGCCAAAGUAUAGCUCACUGUAUGCUCAGCUAUGUCUGCGAUUGGCAGAAGAUGCACCAAACUUUGAUGGCCCAGCAGCAGAGGGUCAGCCGGGACAGAAGCAAAGCACAACAUUCAGACGCCUCCUAAUUUCCAAAUUACAAGAUGAAUUUGAAAACCGAACCAGAAAUGUUGAUGUCUAUGAUAAGCGUGAAAAUCCCCUCCUCCCUGAGGAGGAGGAACAGAGAGCCAUUGCUAAGAUCAAGAUGUUGGGGAACAUCAAAUUCAUUGGAGAACUUGGCAAGCUUGAUCUUAUUCAUGAAUCUAUCCUUCAUAAGUGCAUCAAAACACUUUUGGAAAAGAAGAAGAGAGUCCAACUCAAAGAUAUGGGAGAGGAUUUGGAGUGCCUCUGUCAGAUAAUGAGGACAGUGGGACCCAGAUUAGACCAUGAACGAGCUAAGUCCUUAAUGGAUCAGUACUUUGCCCGAAUGUGCUCCUUGAUGUUAAGUAAGGAAUUGCCAGCGAGGAUUCGUUUCCUGCUGCAGGAUACCGUAGAGUUGCGAGAACACCACUGGGUUCCUCGCAAGGCUUUUCUUGACAAUGGACCAAAGACGAUCAAUCAAAUCCGUCAAGAUGCAGUAAAAGAUCUAGGAGUGUUUAUCCCUGCUCCUAUGGCUCAAGGGAUGAGAAAUGACUUCUUUCUGGAGGCACCGUUCAUGCCACCCAGGAUGAAAAUGGAUAGGGACCCACUUGGAGGGCUUGCUGAUAUGUUUGGACAAAUGCCAGGUAGUGGAAUUGGUACUGGUCCAGGAGUUAUCCAGGAUAGAUUUUCACCCACCAUGGGACGUCAUCGUUCAAAUCAACUCUUCAAUGGCCAUGGGGGACACAUCAUGCCUCCCACACAAUCACAGUUUGGAGAGAUGGGAGGCAAGUUUAUGAAAAGCCAGGGGCUAAGCCAGCUCUACCAUAACCAGAGUCAGGGACUCUUAUCACAGCUGCAAGGACAGUCGAAGGAUAUGCCACCUCGGUUUUCUAAGAAAGGACAGCUUAAUGCAGAUGAGAUUAGCUUGAGGCCUGCUCAGUCGUUCUUAAUGAAUAAAAAUCAAGUGCCAAAGCUUCAGCCCCAGAUAACCAUGAUUCCUCCUAGUGCACAACCACCACGCACUCAAACACCACCUCUGGGACAGACACCUCAGCUUGGUCUCAAAACUAAUCCACCACUUAUCCAGGAAAAGCCUGCCAAGACUAGCAAAAAGCCACCACCGUCAAAGGAAGAACUACUUAAACUAACUGAAACUGUUGUAACAGAGUAUUUGAACAGUGGAAAUGCAAAUGAGGCUGUUAAUGGUGUAAGAGAAAUGAGAGCUCCUAAACACUUUCUUCCUGAGAUGUUAAGCAAAGUAAUAAUCCUGUCACUAGAUAGAAGUGAUGAAGAUAAAGAAAAAGCAAGUUCUUUGAUCAGUUUACUCAAACAGGAAGGGAUAGCCACAAGUGACAACUUCAUGCAGGCUUUCCUGAACGUAUUGGACCAGUGCCCCAAACUGGAGGUUGACAUCCCCUUGGUGAAAUCAUAUUUAGCACAGUUUGCAGCUCGUGCCAUCAUUUCAGAGCUGGUGAGCAUUUCAGAACUAGCUCAACCACUGGAGAGUGGCACCCAUUUCCCACUCUUCUUACUUUGUCUUCAGCAAUUAGCUAAAUUACAAGAUCGAGAAUGGUUAACAGAACUUUUUCAACAAAGCAAGGUCAAUAUGCAGAAAAUGCUCCCAGAAAUUGAUCAGAAUAAGGACCGCAUGUUGGAGAUUUUGGAAGGAAAGGGACUGAGUUUCUUAUUUCCACUUCUCAAAUUGGAGAAGGAACUUUUGAAGCAAAUAAAGUUGGAUCCAUCCCCUCAAACCAUAUAUAAAUGGAUUAAAGAUAACAUUUCUCCCAAACUUCAUGUAGAUAAAGGAUUUGUGAACAUCUUAAUGACUAGCUUCUUACAGUAUAUUUCUAGUGAAGUAAGCCCACCUAGCGACGAAACAGAUUCUUCCUCUGCUCCUUCCAAAGAACAGUUAGAGCAGGAAAAACAACUGCUUCUUUCUUUCAAGCCAGUGAUGCAGAAAUUCCUUCAUGAUCAUGUGGAUCUACAGGUCAGUGCCCUGUAUGCUCUGCAGGUGCACUGUUACAACAGCAAUUUCCCAAAAGGCAUGUUACUCCGCUUCUUUGUUCACUUCUAUGACAUGGAAAUUAUUGAAGAAGAAGCUUUCCUGGCUUGGAAAGAAGAUAUAACCCAAGAGUUUCCAGGAAAAGGCAAGGCUUUGUUCCAGGUGAAUCAGUGGCUAACCUGGCUAGAAACUGCUGAAGAAGAAGAAUCAGAGGAAGAAGCUGACUAAAGAACCAGCCAAAGCCUUAAAUUGUGCAAAACAUACUGUUGCUAUGAUGUAACUGCAUUUGACCUAACCACUGCGAAAAUUCAUUCCGCUGUAAUGUUUUCACGAUAUUUAAAGCAGAAGCACGUCAGUUAGGAUUUCCUUCUGCAUAAGGUUUUUUUGUAGUGUAAUGUCUUAAUCAUAGUCUACCAUCAAAUAUUUUAGGAGUAUCUUUAAUGUUUAGAUAGUAUAUUAGCAGCAUGCAAUAAUUACAUCAUAAGUUCUCAAGCAGAGGCAGUCUAUUGCAAGGACCUUCUUUGCUGCCAGUUAUCAUAGGCUGUUUUAAGUUAGAAAACUGAAUAGCAACACUGAAUACUGUAGAAAUGCACUUUGCUCAGUAAUACUUGAGUUGUUGCAAUAUUUGAUUAUCCAUUUGGUUGUUACAGAAAAAUUCUUAACUGUAAUUGAUGGUUGUUGCCGUAAUAGUAUAUUGCCUGUAUUUCUACCUCUAGUAAUGGGCUUUAUGUGCUAGAUUUUAAUAUCCUUGAGCCUGGGCAAGUGCACAAGUCUUUUUAAAAGAAACAUGGUUUACUUGCACAAAACUGAUCAGUUUUGAGAGAUCGUUAAUGCCCUUGAAGUGGUUUUUGUGGGUGUGAAACAAAUGGUGAGAAUUUGAAUUGGUCCCUCUUAUUAUAGUAUUGAAAUUAAGUCUACUUAAUUUAUCAAGUCAUGUUCAUGCCCUGAUUUUAUAUACUUGUAUCUAUCAAUAAACAUUGUGAUACUUGAUGUA